CCAUUGCAGCUUGCACCUUUAUUGCUUACACGCAUCUACUUGAGACAUUAUGGCCAAAAUCGAGCAAUAACCUGUAACCCUACCAUAUCAAUUUAAAAGCGAUAUGCAGACUUCCGGGUGCAGAUGUUCUUCUAAGAAGCAAACUUUUUGGAAGACAUACAAUGACACCUGCCCUUUUGUCUGGCUGUGAGUCAAUGGAAAACAAAAAGGCUUGCUCUUUAAGUUUCUUGUUUAGGUUUCCAGCGAAAGCAACGAAUGCGUUUCUGGUAGAACUGCAGGCGGACUUAUUUAUGACAAUGAUCAUGUCAUUCGCUUCAAAGAUAAUUAAAAGAAGCCCAGAGGCAAUUCCUUUGCUGGGAGUCGUUGCAAGUGGCCUCGUCUUCGCUACAUAUAUGAGCUACAGAGCAAUAUUCAAAUACCCGGAUGUUGUAUGGGAUCAUAAAAACAACCCAUAUCCAUGGCAACAAGUAAAACCAAACGAAAACGUAAAGGAUAUGAUGACCCUAAAGACUUGCCUUUGAGUACCCUUACGAAGAUAUGAAGGUGUUAGCAAAUCUGAGCACAUAUAGGAUAUAUCUUUAAAAGAAUGAAAACAAUAAGAGCAUUAAUAUGAAAGUUAGUGAUUUUUUCUUCCCUUUUAGCGUAUUGUUUAUAAGGAGCUAAGAAUUUUAGCCAGUUCGGUACUGAAAGCGUUCAUCCUCAGUGCUCAGUGCUUCUUUUAAGUUACUAAAGAGUUGAGUAUCAAUCUUGAAAAUAUGCGUGAAUUUAAUAACCUGGCGUGGUUUUAAUGUUACCUCCUAAAACUUUGGUCAAAAUGCCAAAAAUGCGUCCGAAAACUUUUUUGCUGAAAUUUGUUGUCCGAAAUGUUGACGCUGAAUAGAUUUGUACUUAAUUUGUCAGUGUUUAAACCAUUCACAGGGAAAGAUUUGUUUUUUUUAAGUUUCCGCCAUCAUGAAAAAUAGUUUCGGCAAAUGGACACUCCCAGGCAAGAAUUUUAGAAAUGAGGUCUUAGACCAAAAUUAUUUGACCAUCAGUGCAGUGGCAUAGCCAGCGUGGGAAGAUUGGGGUGGGGGCAUACUAGCAAAGAAAAUAGCAGUGGGUCCAGGGGAAAAUUUGAAAGACCACGCCCUUUAGAAUGCUGGAAAAUGGCUCUUUUUAGAUGGCAUAUUAUGAGCUUUGCCAUUUGUACAUGUCAAAGUUUGGUUAAUAAAACGUCACAACUAAAAUAUUUGCAUCGCAAUUCCUCUCAAGUUUCAUUUUCUGAAUCUUGUCAGGCGGAAAAUUUCUGUUGAAAAACAAUUUUUCAAAGAUGCGAUGUUUUUCAAAAUCAUGAAACUAAGUAAAUAAAUCUUAGGUGCAGCCCCCCAAACCCCAGAUUCCAUAGCAACAGAGGAAAUAUUGAUAAAUUUGUAUUUUUUUAUCAAUUUGUGAAGCCGUUGCUUCCUACACAUAAUGUCAAAAUAUGAUUGACAUUUGCCUUAUACGUUUUAAGUAAUUUGUUUCUAAAUAUUUAUAGUAUCCAAAUUAUUCAUUUUGAGAAAAAUGCUGAUAAAGUUUUGCUUUUUUUAUUAUGACAAGAAGGUUUUCUAUUAGGCUUUUUUAAUCUAAAUUCCAGACAGAGUUAUUACUUUAGUAAUGAUUUAAACAUGACAGUCAAAUCUUCUUUCAUUCUUAUCAAUUAAAAGGUGAAUGUUAGGCUUAUCAAUAAAUUGAGCUUCUGGUGAUUCUGACGUCAAUUGUGAUGUCAAUUGUCCUACUAGAGAACUAGGUUUUCUCUUUCUACGAGAAAAUUUUACUUUCUUUGAUAUUUUAAUUAUUUGAUCAUCUCAUUCUGGGUUGACUCCAAUCUCAAAACUACUUGCUUUAUACCUUUGCUGGCUUCUCUUUUUCUCGCUCUUCUUUGACAAUCUGAUACAUUUCUUCUUUCUUAUAUUUAUCCAGCUCAUUUAUUUUUAGCAACUUUUUCUUGCAGCAUCUGACACUCUUCCCUUAUCUUGCAUUAAUAGCCCUCGUGAAGUUGCACUUUGGUUCCCUUAUCAUACCUCGUAGAAGGGCAGCUUUAAUUGUGGUACCAUUGUCCAAACAACAACGGUCUCACAAACUGCAAUACUGACACAUGGAAAACCGAUGGUUACAACUCUUCCAUGGAAAACCUGUGGUAGUGUCGUAAAUGUUUGUUGGAAUGCAAACAAAAUAAUUUUGCUUUUUUUUUAGAUUAGAGUUAGUUUUCACUGCAAAACUCAUAAUGUCUUCGAACAAUGAAGGAACUGAAGAAAAAAAGUUGUUUUUGGAAAUGAGAUCCAUAGCUGAUUAUUAAAGUUCCAUUUUGUAAGAUUUCAUCUUAAGAAUCUUUUUUAAAAAUGCAGCCGAUGUUCCUCUUUGCAUACUCCUGUUUCUUUUACCAUCUAUAUAUCCUUCCAGCACCAGAUUUGCUUAUCUACCGUUUAACCCUCUAAGUGUAUGGUCUGCAUAGUGCAUCUUUCUUUGGGCAACUGUAUUUGCUAAAACUAUCUUGUAUCAGAUUCUCUCUUGAAUUUUGAUAUUUGAAUUCAAGUUCUCUUAUUCUCCUUAAAGUUUCUACCUGUAAACAACGAUUGAAAAAAUAUACAUUAACUACAAAAAAUUUCGUCUUCACAAAAUUUCGGGCAAAUAUUUUGACGAAAUUUUCUUCGACGAAAUCCAAAAUGAGAUGAAAUUUGGCCACUACGAAAUUGUUUGCAUUUAAAAUUAUUGAGAAUUCGCAUAGAAAAACUCUUAGAUGAGGUUAGGAAUCAAAUCAAUGUAUUAUUUUUAUCUAUUCAAUUUCAACUACGUCCUUUUUCUCAAUUCCUCAUAAUUAUCUUUAUCGUCGGCAUCAUAAUCAUCAUCAUCAUUGUUGGUUCUUGAACUAACCUCGUUAUCAUCAUUGUUCAACAAACAAGACAGAGGUGGAAUCUUUUAAACCAGCGAAAAAAAACGGUAAAAAUAGGUAGCCAUGGUGCUCUUUUUAUGUGUACUAUACUACACAUAGAAUUUCAUGAGUUCAAAACACUUAAAUACAGUUAUAUUUGCAGAAAAUCCAAUUUUUACAUAAGAUCUUACAUCUAGGGGCCAAUUAAAGAAACAUUCUUGAAUUUUUUUCUCGAAAAUUGCUGAUAACUGCCUCCUCAAGACAUUGCACAAGAUCAAAAUGAUGUACAUAUAAACAAUAGGCAAAAAGGCAAAGUUCGCUAACAAAGAAGGAUUGUAAGAUGAUCUUUUUUGAGGCCACGCUUUCUAGAACGCCGAAAAACGCCCUUUUUAGAAAAUACUUGUUAAUUUACUUACUCGGGAAUGAAAUACCAAUGGAAUAUAAAGGGCAUAAAGCUUCCUCAGAAAACUGCCAUAGAGAUCAGAAGGUCAGUCAUGAGGCUACGUUCCCACAUCAUCGAGAGCGAGUUGAGCUGUUGGUGCAUCGGCGCCAAUCGCUCAACCUACCAUAAAGGGGUUACUAAGGGAAGUUACACAAUAACCCCCAAAUAUGAUUGAUAAUUGGGAGGGAAUGGACAGGAAAAGCCUCUUUUCCCCACUUAUAGCCGAUGCACCAGUCCUACCUAAUAGCAUCAGAAAACGCUAAGAAGCCAUAACCUUAAAUACCUCUAGAUUAACCAAGGGAAUGAAAACGCCACGAAACACAUAUCCUACCCUAAUUUUGCAAAUCAAUUCUCAGGUGACCGAAAAACUGUCCAUAAACUAGCAGAGCAGAUACAAGAAAAACGCGAGGAAGCGUGGCACAAGAAAACAUAACGAAAUAGUAAUAAAAACGAUCUAAGCGAUUUUAGUUAACGCUCAAAAGCCCCUCGUGAAAUUAACUCUGAUAAAAUUUCAUUUAAUCAUCAUCUUAUUUCUACGGAAGUUUUAUAAACAUUCUGGUUCAGAGUAUAUAUCAAAAGCUAUAGAAAUAUAUACAAGUAGCUUGGAGAUAAUAAAACUUCAAGAAAAACACCUAGAAAAUGAACAAAAAGGAUUCCCAGUGAAGAAGAACUGCUACUACUUAGGAGUAUACUAUCCAUAAUUGCGCUAAAGCAUAUUUAAACUUUAAAAAAAAACUUUUUAUCUAUUGUUGCAAAAAAGGAAGGCUAUAGCCCCUGCUAGCCCAAUGGCUGCGUUUUUGAACCGC